AUGCCCCCCAAACGGUCUAUUAGCUUUCUAGAUUUGGGGCUUUCAACACCAGUACCCCAUGUGCUAUCAUCGACCCGAGAGCAAAAAAAGAAAGAGAAGCAUGAAAUAAAAAAAGAGAAGAACGCACGAUUAAAAGAAGCGGAGGAACAGUUGUCUCUCGGUAGGGCUAAAGUGGAAAAGCAUAAGGCCUUUGUAAAAAAGGAAGUGGCUAUUCAAAAAGACGAGAAAACGGCACGAAGAAAAGCACUUUCAGAGUUGCAAGAGCAUUUGCGGAAGGAACGGGAAACCGAGGAGUAUCUUAAGAAGCAGAAGUCAAUAGUUACACAACAAAACUAUAUUUCAAAUUUGGCGGCAGAUCGUGAGGCAGAAGAAAAACGGAUGCAAGAAAUAAAGGAAACUAUUGAAUCGAGCAAUGAAAAGCUUGCUAAAAUGGCCCCGAAAAAUGUGCACAUCCCAGUGACUCGUAGCCCUGAGAUAGAAAAGACGAGAAAGGAACUUCCAGUUCUUCGAGAGGAACAAGUAAUUGUUGAGGCUAUUAACAAUUCUUCUCGAACAUGCGUUCUGAUUUGUGGUGAGACUGGAAGCGGAAAGACGACACAAAUUCCCCAGUUCCUAUGGGAGUGUGGAUACGGCGAUUUGAAGGGGUCGCCGUUUGCGAGAGAAGGGGCCAUAUUGGUUACAGAGCCUAGACGAGUGGCUGCAGUUUCAAUGGCUAAACGUGUGGCAGAGGAAUUAGGGACAACCUUUGGGGAAAACGUGUGCUACCACGUCCGGUACGAUAAUAAUCUUUCUGACAGCUUCAAAAUGAAAUUUGCUACUGAAGGAAUUGUUUUGAAGGAGAUUCAAUCGGACUUUCUUCUGCGGAGGUAUAGUGUUGUCGUUGUAGACGAGGCACAUGAACGUAGCGUAGCUGGCGAUAUCUUAAUAGGCCUUUUAUCCCGAAUUGUGCCAUUAAGAAAUGAUCUUUACCUGGAAGAACUCCAAAAACAUAAAGGAAUACCUGAGAAAACGACUGUGAAACCCCUUAAACUGGUUAUUAUGUCCGCUACAAUGAGGGUUGCUGAUUUUAAAGAGAAUCGUCGGCUCUUUCCGAUUCCACCACCAUUAAUUAGUGUGGAGGCGCGUCGAUUUCCGGUGACGAAUCAUUUUGCAAAACGUACUGAGUUACGGGAUUAUGUCCAUGAAGCAUUUCGAAAAGUUUGCCAAAUUCACAAAAAGCUGCCUCCUGGUGGGAUACUUAUUUUUCUUUCCACUCAACAAGAAAUUGAAUCCCUUUGCGAAUGUCUUCGUCAGCAUUAUGCCAAAACAAGGAUUGAGUAUUAUGAUAAGAGCUACUCAAAGCAUAGUCUCAUUGUUCGCAGUGCGCAAAAAGAUGACACUGCUUCUGAGAAUGAUGAGGAGUCAUCUGGUGAAAAAGAUGAAUUUGGUCUCAAGAAUGAGGAUUAUGCGCUCGACAUGGACACCGAGACGGGGGCCUCCUUUACUUCGAGGAAAAGAGACCGAAAUGCUUUGGAUACUAAAAAAGAAGAAGAAGAAGAGGUAUAUGAAGAGGAUGAAAUUAAUGGUGAAUAUAACUCAAUGCACAUUCUUCCACUUUAUGCUUUGAUGGAUUUCAGAAAACAACAGGAGGUUUUCCGAGAACCACCAACAGGAAAACGUCUUUGUGUUGUCGCUACAAAUGUGGCCGAGACAUCUAUUACUAUUCCAAACAUUCGAUAUGUUGUUGAUGUUGGUAGAGUAAAGAUGAAAACAGUUGAUGAAUCUACUGGUGCAAGCUGCUUUCGCAUUGAGUGGACGAGUCAAGCUUCUGCAGAACAACGUAGUGGGCGUGCAGGGCGUGUGGGACCGGGCCAUUGCUACCGUCUUUAUAGUACUGCUGUAUACUCCAAUGUGAUGCCAAAACACAGCUCGCCUGAGAUAUUAAGAACAUCACUGGAGUCUGUAGUUUUGAUGAUGAAGCACCUGGGUAUUGAUCACGUUGGAUCAUUUCCGUUCCCUUCACCACCAAAGGAGAGUGAUUUAAAGCGAGCCUUGUCACAUUUAUCGCUUAUUGGCGCUUUGGAUUCUCAAAAGGAUCAUCGCAUCACAAAUAUGGGAAAGCGCCUAAUUGCUUAUCCAAUUCCUCCCAGAUUUUCACGCGUGAUUGCGGAGGCAUUAGAUCAAAAGGUUUCAGAAUCGAUUCUCUCUAUGGCAAUUCUCAUUGUUUCAAUUUAUUCAACAACCACAAGCGUCUUCACUCGCGAAGGGAAUUCUUUAAAAUGGAAGUCGGUCGAUGCGAAUACUGAUAGUGAGGAGUCUAAGACUCUUAUUCAGUCUCUUCUACAUCCUGGUAGUGAUUUACUUACCUGUCUAAAAGCAUUUGGAGUUUAUUUGAAUGAUCCAAGCGUGGCAAAUUGUAGGCGGCACUGCUUGGUUCAAAAAAGUCUAUUGGAGGCGUCUCAGUUAGGCGAACAACUUCGAGUCUUAAGUCGGCAGGAUGGUAUUGUAGAACAAGUCGAUGAUACUCUUGAUGCCAAUGAUGUUGGCACUGCGAACUGUGAAAAACUCUUUGGUGAUAAUGGUCUACUUACGCUCUCGAAAGAUCAGGAAGUUGCUCUACGAAAACUUUUUAUCUUUGGACUUGUGGAUCAAGUCGCGCGACGGGCUACUAUUCAGGAAUGCCGUUACCAUGGAGUGGAGUACAAAGAUAAUAAAACAACAAAAGCUCCUUACGUUAUCCUGGACUCAUCCAUGAUAGCAUACAUUCAUCCGACCAGCUCCAUUGCGCGGACGUAUCCUCCACCUGAGUACGUUACUUUUGCGUUUUUGCAAAGAUCUGUCCGGUCCGAAACAAAGGACCCUUCUACCAUGAUGCUGGGUUUAACCAUUGUUACUAAGGAAUGGCUUCAUGAAUGUGGUGUAACUGUCGAGUAA